GAGGGCUUGCUUCCUGGUUGGUAGGCGAGCGGCCCAGGUGAUUGGCCGCCAACACCCUCCCAACCUGCUCCCCUGUUGGUUGGGGCUGCUGCCUUCUCCUCUCUCGGUAAAGAUUCUGCACUUCGGCUAGGUAGCGGAUCCCGUCGGCUGGGCGCUCCGGUGACUUGCUCGCGCCAUGGCGUCCCAGAGUCGUCGGCGGAGGCCGCUGCGGAGGCCUGAGACGGUGGUGCCGGGGGAGGCGGCCGAGACGGACUCGGAGCUCUCUGCGUCCUCGUCGGAGGAGGAGGAGCUGUACCUGGGCCCGUCGGGCCCGACGCGCGGCCGCCCCACGGGACUGCGGGUGGCCGGGGAGGCCGCGGAGACCGACUCGGACUCGGAGCCGGAGCCGAAGGCCGCUCCGAGGGAUCUGCCUCCGCUCGUGGUGCAGCGGGAAACUGCCGGGGAGGCCUGGGGAGAGGAGGAGGCCCCGGCGCCCGCCCCCGCGCGUUCGCUGCUGCAGCUCCGGCUGGCUGAGAGCCAGGCGCGGCUGGACCACGACGUAGCGGCCGCGGUGAGCGGCGUGUACCGCCGCGCGGGCCGUGAUGUGGCCGCCCUGGCCGGUAGGCUGGCGGCUGCCCAGGCGGCGGGAUUGGCAGCGGCCCACAGCGUGCGCCUGGCGCGGGGGGACCUCUGCGCGCUGGCCGAGCGCCUGGACAUAGUGGCCGGCUGCCGCCUGCUGCCCGACAUCCGCGGCGUGCCGGGCACCGAGCCCGAACAAGACCCGGGACCGCGAGCCUAGCCGUGACCCCCUCUCCCGCCUGACUGAGCCCUGGGGGUAGGCCUUGCGGCCUCUGGGACCUGGCUCUGUGCCCUGUUUAGCCACCCACCCAUCUUGCUGUCACCCUCAGGGAUAACCCCGCCCCCUGUAUAAUGCUCUGUGUGUGUGUGUGGAGGGGGGGAGGAUGGGGGGUUAAUGCUGUGCAGCCCUGCCAGGCCCUAGCAUCUGGUUCCUCCCCCUGGUCCUGGCCCUUGCUUCCUGGUUCAGAGCUUGUGUGUGUCUGAAGCUUGGCUCAAACUCCUGGGUAACUAGCUACUCCUUAACCUGUCUCCAUCUUAGCGGUUCACAGAGCCUCACCUUUCCUGUCUGCCUGCCUUCCUCAGUUUGUUUUCUGUUCACAGGGGCUGGUCCUGCUUCUGGCGCAGAUUCCCUGAUGUCUCUGGUCCUAGUCCCACUUCUGGAAUUUUGCCCUCUAAUCUGGACCCUUUUUCUGCUCCUCAGGCUUGGCUCUGAUUCCAUCUCCUCCUUCUAGGCCUUGCUCUUCCACCUCCUGGCUCCUUCUCCUUGGGCUUAGCUCCACCCCCUUGGCCUGAUCUUGUUUCCUGGGUCCAGCUGUACCCUUAGGUUUGGUUCUGCUGCUUUUUGCUUCUCCCAUCCUGUUUAAACUACCUACUUAAUUAUGGGCUCCAGGGACCCCCUAUGGUUUUCUUCAUCAGGCCCAAGAUGAGCCCUCCUCCUGACCCGAGGAGGUCCCCCUCCCAGCUCCCCAGGCCCAAGGUGGCAUCUCCUCCAGGCCCAAGUUGGUGUGUCCUUCCCACCUUCCAGGCCAAGAUCACGCCGUCUGCCCAAGUUCCAGGUACAGGAUGGGCCUCCUCCUCAUUCUCCAGGCUGAGAGUGCCCCCAGCAGGCACUUAGGGCCCAAUACAGACCUGCCCUGGAACUUUGGGCACAAUAUGACACCACUUUGCCGAUAAGGACCACAUGUAUUUUGUUUGGUCACCGUGUUGUUCCCUGGAUGCUAAAAGGGCUUGGCUGUCUGGCUUGUCUCAGGGCCUGGGCUUAGCUCCUUCUUUCUGCGCCUCACCUGGUCCUUCUUCUCCCAGCCCCAGUCCCUCAGUCCCAUUCACAUUUAUUCCCCUCCCCCGCUCUUACUCCAACCUGAGCUGAGAUCUGGGCCCCCAGGAUGGAGAAGUGGGGAAGAACGCUCUAUGGCAGACUCAUUAAAACUCAAAACAUUUAUUGAUAUGGUCAGUUCCUCUUAUAUCCCCAUCUAAGCUGGGGGCGGGUAGGUUGGUGAUUUUGCUGAGAAUGUGGGUCCCAAGAAAGGGAUCCUUCACGCCUGGCCUAUUGAAGGUGAGCCUGUGGCCGGGCAAUCAGGGCUCCUAGUUUUUUGCCCUGGUUCUGCACUUAUUUGUAUUUUGUUAAUUCACCACACGUUUAUUGAGCUCCUGUUCUUUGCCUGUCCUGGGCUGGGCACUGGGGGUGCCCCACAGGCUGGGCCCUUGCAGAGCUCACAGUCCAAUGGGGGAGACAGCCAUUAAAAUAUUCUCGCAAAUAAGUGCAUAGUUUUAAUAAUUGUAAUUUAUACUUCAACUAUAAUUUUUCUGGCAUUGUGAUUAGUGCCGUAAAGAAAUACAGGAGCUUUGUGAGGGUGUAACUGAGGUCUGUCUGACCUUGUUUGGGGGGAGGUCAGAUGGCUUCCCUGAGGAAGUGAUGAGUGAGUUUGAGCCAAGCCCUGAAGGUGUAAAAAAGGUGAAACAGGUUGGGUAGAAAAGAGUUGCAAUCAGCAAGAAUAGCAUAUGCAAAGGCCCUGAGUCAGAAAGGGGCAGGGCCUAUUUAAUAACAGAAGAGGGUGAUCUCUUCUAUUCUCCACCUAGAGUGGAGAGAGCAGGGGAGAUGGGGGUGGUGAGGGUGGUGAGUGCUGUGCUAGCAGGGGCCAGACGAAGCUGAGCUUUUAAACUAGGUAAAGAUUCUUGGUCUUUAUUGAACAGCCAGUAAACAGAGAAUGAUGCCAUCUGAUGAAUGUGUUUUGUGAAGGAGACUCUGAGACUGGUGCUUCUGCAGUGUGGUUGCCUCUGAUAAAUACCCAGAAAUACUGGUUUAAAAAAUCAAACUUCCUUUUAAAGGUACAGCUGAGCUCAGAGAGAACAUGAGAAAUCUCCUGGGCCCAAGUUAAUUUCUGCUGCACAGCAAAGGGAUUUAGUUCUACUCACGUGUAUAUAUAUAUACAUAUAUAUAUAUAUAUAUGGUCUCUUUCAUAUUCUUCUCCAUUAUGGUUUGUCACAGGCUAUUGAAUAUAGUUCCCUGUGCUAUCCAGUAGGACCUUGUUGCUUAUACAUUCUGUAUAUAAUAGUUUGCAUCUGCUAAUCCCAAACUCCCAAUCCUUCCUUCCCCUCCUCCUUGGCAACCACAAGUCUGUUCUCUCUGUCUGUGAGUCUAUUUCUGUUUUGUAAAUAAGUUCAUUUGUGUCGUAUUUUAGAUUCCACAUAUAAGUGAUAUCAUAUGAUUUUGUCUUUCUCUGAGUUACUUUACUUAGUAUGAUAGUCUCUAGGUCCAUCCAUGUUGCUGCAUGUGGCAUUAUUUCAUUCUUUUUUAUGGCUGAGUAAUACUCCAUUGUGUAUGUAUACCACAUCUUCUUUAUCCAUUCAUCUGUUGAUGGAUAUUUAGGUUGUUUCCAUGUCUUGGCUAUUGUAAAUAGUGCUGCUAUGAACAUAGGGGUGCAUGUAUCUUUUCGAAUUAUAGUUUUGUCUGAAUAUAUGCCCAGGAGUGGGAUUGCUGGAUCAUAUAAAGCCUUGGAUUUUAACAGCUGCUGGACCUUGGGCCAAGCUCUUAUUAGAGAAGCAGAGGCCCUGGCAUAAAACUUAGUCCCUUGAAGGGCUAUAUCUUGAAUGAAAGAAUGUGGUAGAAAAAAAUCUGAUUGAUACCAUUGAGGCAUACCUAGGAAACUUGUCCAUUUUGGCUUAGGCUCUGGGUGGAGGGAAUUUUUCCUCAGGGAAUUCAUAACCACAGGCUUUUCUUCAGGCCUGAUUGGGGUUUGGGUAUAACCUUACGGAGCAGUUCAGGAAACCCCAAGCACAGAAAUAAACUGAAAGUAGGCUCUGGCCAAAGCCAGGGAAAACACCCUCAACCAGCCUCACGCAGAAUUACAGCAGACUAAUAUAGACCAAACCUAAGUUCAUAGUUGAAAACUGCCAAGUGGGACUUAUCUGGUGGUGCAGUGGUUAAGAAUCCGCCUGCCAAUGCAAGGGACACUGGUUUGAGCCCUGGUCCGGGAAGAUCCCACAUGCUGCAGAGCAACUAACCCGUGGGCCACAACUACUGAGCCUGCUCUCUAGAGCCUGCAAGCCACAGCUACUGAGCCCAUGUGCCGCAACUACUGAAGCCUGUGCGCUCUAGGGCCCACGUGCCGCAACUACUAAGCCCGCAUGUUGCAACUACUGAAGCCCACGUGCCUAGAGCCUGGGCCCAGCAACAAGAGAAGCCACUGUAAUGAGAAGCCCUUGCACUGCAAUGAAGUGUAGCCCCCGCUCGCCACAACUAGAGAAAGCCCACAUGCGGCAACAAAGACCCAACACAGCCAAAAUAAAGUAAAUUAAUUAAUUAAAAAAAAAAAGAAAACUGCAAAACAUACCAGAUGAUAAAGUGAUGAACCAGUAAAGGCUGCUGGUUCCCUUCCCCAAAUUCAACCUUGGAGAAACUGGAAAAAAGAAAGAAAUCCGGAUCCGAGGAAUAACAAAAUGUUGAGAAGUCCUCAGGGACAAAGAGGUGAUCUGACAUAGUAUUCUGCUUCUUAUUUCUUUGUAACAAAUGACCAAAAAUUUAGUGGCUUGCAACAGUUGUUUUAUUAUGCCCACAGAUUCUGUGGAUCAGGAAUUCCAGCAAGGCUCAGCUGGAAGAUUCUUUGGUUCCUUGUAGUAAUGACUGAGGUCACUCAGGUAUUCAGCUGGCAAGUGGGUUGGCACAGAGGGUCCCAGUGACUUCCCUCAGGUGGCUGGACUACAAUGACUCAGAGAUUAGGAUUGCUGACUGGAGUGUCUGUAUAUGGCCUUGAGCUUCCUUCUAACAUGGCAGCCCCAAAGUAAUCAGAUUCCUUACAUGGUAGCUCAGCACUCCAAAUAUAUUUCAGUAGACAAAGUAGAAGCCCUUGGGUGUCAUGCAUGAUCACUUCUGCUGUGUUCUAUCAGUUAUUAGCAAGUCACUAAGUCCAGCCAAGAUUCAAAGGAGGGGGUGGAGGGGAAGGAGACAUAGACCUUUGAUGAACGAGAGUAUCAGAAUUUGUGGAUCUAUUUUGAAACCACUACAGUUAGAUGGGACAGUGGGUUGUGGAAGAGUCGUUGACUUUUUUGGUCCCUCUCUUUCAAUGUUGCCUUGGGUAAAUGAUUGCCUGAGACAUAAGACCAUCAGCCACUCAGACCCUCUGGGGAGGGUGAGGUCACAUCAGGGGUGCUCCAGAUUCCUAUUUUAUUUAAUGGGUUAUAACGUAUUACUCUCAUUAUUUUGAUGCUCAAAUUGUGUCUGGUGUGGCCAGCAGGACCCCCUUCUAGCUGGCUUCUGUGUCCUAUUGACAUUUCUUCACCAUUCUUUGAAUACUUUCUUGCUCUCAGGCACAAAAUGAUCUAGGCACAUCUUGUUUUUUUCUCUGCCUCAGCCUUGAAACCAUCCAUCUCUGCAAGGGUCCCUGGUUCCUUUUUAGUGGGAAGUGGUGUUUAGAAGCCAAGAUGUGGGUGCUGGGUGUGCUCAUUGCUAAUGAGGUGUUGCUACUCCCAGGCCCUCUCAAUGCACAGACCUAGAAGAAAAACACAAGGCAAAAAACAAAAUAACUAUCUAAUCCCUAUACCAUACACACAUUUUAAAAUAGACUUUAUUUUUAGAGUAGUUCACAGCAAAAGUGAGUAGAAAGUACGGAGAAGUCCCAUAUGCCCCCAACCCUAACCCUCACAGCCUCCCCCGCUAUCAAUAUCCCACACGUCUAUUGUACAUUUGUUACAAUCAAUAAACCUACAUCAGCAUCAUUACCACCCAAAGUCUGUAGAUUAUAUUAGAGUUCACUCUUGUACAUUCUUUAGGUUUGGACAAAUGUAUAAAUGACAUGUAUCUACCAGUAGAGUGUCUAUACAGAAUAGCUUCCCCGCCCUAAAAAUCCUCUGCACUCUGCCUAUUCAUCCCUCCCUUCCCCCAACCCCUGGCAGCCAAUGAUUUUUUUAAUGUCUCUACAAUUUUGCCUUUUCCAGAAUAUCAUAUAGUUGGAAUCAUACAGUAUGUAGCCUUUUCAGGUUGGCUUCUUUUGCUUAGCAAUAUGCAUUUAACAUUUCCUCCAUAUCUUUUCACGGCUUAAUAGCUCAUAUCUUUUUAGCACUGAAUAAUAACCCAUUGUCUGGAUGUACCGCAGUUUAUUUAUCCAUUCGCCUGCUGAAGGACAUCUUGGCUGCCUCCAAGUUUUGGCCAUUAUGAAUUUAAAGCUGCUCUAAACAUCUGUGUGCAGGUUUUUGUGUCGAUACACGUUUUCAGCUCCUUUGGAUAAAUACCAAGAAGCAUGAUUGUUGGCACACACUUUUUAUCUUUCUUUCUAUUCCAAUCCAACAUCGCUGGUUUGUUCUCGUUUUCUCUAAGAGGGACUUUUAGAGGGCAAAAUCCUACAGAUUUUGAAAGAACGGAAGAAGAUGCAACAGCAAGAAUGCUUGGAAAGAUGAAAAGCACCCAGAUGAGUGAAAAGAUCUUAGCAGUCCUGAGAAAAAUAACCUAGAAGAGAACAACAGCUGAGAACCAACCUUAAGCAGCAAAAUUCCCUCAAAUUGUCGGAGUUGUUUGAAACAGCUGCAGUGUAAGUGGGAAGGCAAAAGUAAGACGAGUUGAUUGAAAGUCUGUUUAAGAAGCGGCCAGAUGCCUGUUAGCCUCUCCUAACUGCAGAUGAGGCAGCCACACCUGCUGUGUUCUGGAAAAAGCCUGGGGAUUCAUCCUGCGCGGGGGCCGGCUGGAGGGGAAGUAAGAGGAUAUUUGGCCUGGAGUGGGGUAUGGGGGAGAUCAGUCCAUUCUGAAAACAGGCAGACUGAGAGAAUGAAUGUACACUCUUUCUCUACCUGACGUAAAACAGAAAAACUAAGAUAUAGACAUGUAAGCUGCCUAUUAGAGUUGGCCGAUGCCCUGCCUUGAGCUGGGCCAAUUUACACACCUCCCCCCGCCAAACUUCCCUGUGGAAGUGCCCGCUUCCUUCCAAUGGCAAAUAGCGUCAGCAACGGAUUUUAUCUUUGCCAAUCUGAUAGGUGAAAAAUGGUACUCAGGGUAGUUUUAAAUGGCAGGAAAUGAAAUUAAAACCAUAGUGAGACAGGCAUUUUCAUGCCUAUCAGAUUGGCAACAUUUUAAAAGUCUAACAAUACCGAUUGUUGGUGUGGAGGUGAAACAACAGAACAUUCACACCCUGUGGGUGAGAACGGACAUUGACAUGACCGCCUGGGGAGACAGCUUAACCGAUAGCUGCUGAUGUACCCUCUGCACACCCCAGUGCAUGCUCUUUGUUGACAGAAACACUGGUAACUAAGUGCCCAUUAACAGGAGAAUGAAGGUAUAAGUUUUGGUAUAUUGAUAGAGUGGAAAGCUAUACAGCAAUGAAACUGAAUUAACUAAAGAUAUAAGUAUAAACAUGGAUGAAUCCCCCCAACAUAACAUCAGCAGACCACAGCAAGCUGCAGAAGAAUACAUUCAGGAUGUUAUCCUUCAUCUAAAGUUAAAAAAUAAGCAAAUGACUGGUAUGGAUUGCUGGGUUUGUAAACACAUGCCCUGUAAGUUUAAAGGAAUGUGGGAGCAAUAAAAGAUGCCCCAAUUGCGAUAUUGGUUGCUUCUGAUGGGCAAGAAGAAGGCUGUUAUCCAGAAGGAGUAAUUAGCAGGUUUCACCUAAAUUGAUGACAUUUUGCCCUUGAACUGGAUGGUCAAGACUGGGGUGUUGGGGCUUCCCUGGUGGCGCAGUGGUUGAGAAUCUGCCUGCUAAUGCAGGGGACACGGGUUCGAGCCCUGGUCUGGGAAGAUACCACAUGCCGCGGAGCAACUCGGCCCGUGAGCCACAACUACUGAGCCUGCGCGUCUGGAGCCUGUGCUCCGCAACAAGAGAGGCCACGACAGUGAGAGGCCCGCGCACCGCGAUGAAGAGUGGCCCCCGCUUGCCGCAGCUAGAGGAAGCCCUCGCACAAGAAACGAAGUCCCAACACAGCCAAAUAAAUAAAUAAAUAAUAAUUAAAGGUGCUAAUAAUUAAAAAAAAAAAAGACUGGACAAAAAAAAAAAAA